CUCACCCGGCCGGACAGUCAUGGAAAGGAAGUAAAUUGAACUUUGAUUCCAGAUUUGUGAUAAAGAGUGAUGUUUUCACUUAGUAUUUGUAGAGGCCCUAUGCUUAGCAUAAUUGUCUUCCAGCGCAGUUAGCAGGAAUCGAAUACGGUGGUGUGGAGUGUGAUUUCAUGGUCGACACUGUUCUUGAUGAGCACAAAGCUUCUGCCCCGCCGCUCCUUCAACUUCUGCAACCGGACCGUUUCGGUGGUCCACGCCUCCUUGGCCGUCACGCUGGCUUCCCUCUCUGUUCGCGACUGGUCCUGCCCGGUUUGCCCCCUCGCCUCCAUAUCUACCCCUCACCAGAUGCGGAUUUUAGCGAUCACGGUGGGGUACAUGAUCUAUGACUUGGGAUGUUGUUUAUCUCAUAAUCAGUUAAAGGCGGAUGAUUUGGCCCACCAUUUGGUCAGCAUUGUGGGGAUUGGAGCCGGACUUGCCUAUCGAAGGUGUGGAUCAGAAAUGGUCGCAGCAUUGUGGGUCACAGAAGCUUCUAGCCCUUUCCUCCACAUGAGAGAGUUUCUCAAAGAGUUGGGAUAUAGAGACACCUACCUUAACCUUGCUGCAGAUAUAUGUUUCGCAGUCAUUUUCUCUUUUGCGAGGAUGAUUGUCGGAUCCUACCUUGUUUAUGCCACUCUAUCGGCCGAUAAUCCCAUCCUAAUCCAGGCAAUGGCUGUUGGGUUGCUAGUUGUCAGUGUGUUUUGGUUCUUCAAGAUUCUAAGAAUGAUGGCCUACAAAUUGUCCAAAAGAAAACCAAAAAAGAACAAGUAGCAGCUUCAUUUCAAAGAAUUGAUGUUCAUUUAAGUGUUCGGUAUAUUUGGAAUGAAGCUUCAUUUUAUAUUCGAAAUGAAGCUUUAUUUCAAAUAUUUAUUUGUUCGCUACUCCGAUCCGUGUAAAUUAAUUUUUUUUUUAAAAAAAAUGGUUAAAUUUUAAUUUCUAGAUCAAUCACAUCUCCAAUUCCAUGUGACCUCUACAAGAACUUUUGUCUACAACUAGUCUGUCAAAAUCUGAAUUGUAGUAAGAGAACUGAGAACUAGGUUCAAGCUUCAUUGAACCCAAGACAACAUAAAGACAAUUAAUUACA